CGGGGCUGCGGGCGGCGCCAUGGGCAGCCCGUCGCUGUCCGAGGACUACCGGCAGUGCCUGGAGCGCGAGCUGCGGCGCGGGCGCGCGGGCGUGUGCGGGGACCCGUCGCUGCGCGCCGUGCUCUGGCACAUCCUGGUGGAGGACUUCGACCUGCACGGCGCGCUGCAGGACGACGCGCUGGCGCUGCUCUCGGACGGGCUGUGGGGCCGCGCCGACCUGGCGCCCGCGCUGCGCGGCCUGGCGCGCGCCUUCGAGCUGCUGGAGCUGGCGGCCGUGCACCUGUACCUGCUGCCCUGGAGGAAGGAGUUCACCACCAUCAAGACCUUCUCCGGGGGCUACGUGCACGUGCUCAAGGGGGCGCUCUCCGAGGACCUGCUCAUCCAGAGCUUUCAGAAGAUGGGCUACGAGCGCAGGGACGGACACCGCCUCAUGGUGGCCGCUCUGCCGCCCGCCAGCCAGCUGCUGCAGGUGGCCCUGGGCUGCUUCGCCCUGCGGCUGGAGUGUGACAUCCUCUGCGAGGUGCUGGACCAGCUGGGCACCAGCAUGCUGCCCGCGGAGGAGCUUCUCCGGGCGCGCCGGGCCAGUGCCGACGUGGCCUCCUGCGUGGCCUGGCUGCAGCAGCGGCUGGCCCAGGGCGAGGAGCCGCCCCCUCUGCCCCCCCGGGGGGCCCUGUCCGUGUACCAGGCCCAGCUGGACCUGUACCAGGAGCUCCCGGAGGACGAGGGCUCCGAGGUGGCGAGCCUGGACGAGGGGUCCCCCGGCCCGGACUCGCCCUCCUUGGAGCUGGCCUACCAGCCGCACCUCUGGGCACAGAGUGCCAAGCUCUGGGGCAGCGGCGGCGGCACCGCCUGGGAGCCAGGGGCUGCAGAGGGGCUGCCGCCCUACAGGGCCCUGGAGGAGCCCGGGGCCUUCCCCUUCCUCUCCUUGCACUCGGAGCUGCUGAGUGAGUCUGGGGACCCGGCUGCUGCCAAGGCCCCCGGGAGCCCCAGGCGGGCGAGUCCCCCCCAGAGCCCUGGCCUGGCCCACGAGCCCGCUGCCUACCAGGCCCACAAGUGCCUGGCGCCGGGCACCCUGCCCACCGUCUGCUGUGACACGUGCCGCCAGCUGCACACGGCCCACUGCGCCUCCCUGUCUGCGUGCCGGCCCAGCCACGCACUGCGCGUGCUGCUGGGGGACACGCAGCGGCGCCUGUGGCUGCGGAGAGCCCAGGUGGACACUCUGCUCCGGGAGGGCCCAGGGGCCCAGCCCUAGGCCCAGGCGGGCCCCAAGGCUCUCUGGGGUCGCCGGUGCU